UGGCGCGUCCCCGGGAUCCGCGCAGCAAGGCACUGCCCCACUCCCACCCGACCUCUCGCGCCCUCCCGCCGCGCCUGAGCGCCAACUUCCCCAAGAACGCUCCAACUCCAGGCCACCCUGCCGGGCAGCGGGGGCGCUGCUGCUGGACACCGGCCGUGAGGACGCGCCCCUGGCGCUGGGGAGCCAGCCGGCAUCUUCGAGGUUGCUCGGGCGGCGGCGGCAGACGCCUCUUCAGGGAGUGCAGGACCUGCCAGCGCUGGCGAUUCCUCCCUGCAGGCGCUCGCCCUCUCUUUUAUGGAGCUUGGGCCCCUGCCCCAGCCCAGGAGAGGCUGUGGAAGCGUACGGUCCAGAAGCCUGGUACCCAGCCCGGAGGCCCAUCCCUGGCUGUGGGGAGCGGAAGCUCCCACGAGGUAGCGGUGGCCUGCAGCGGCCCCCUCCCGGCAGUGAGCCAUGGGCCAGAAGCUCUCGGGGAGCCUCAAGUCGGUGGAGGUGCGAGAGCCGGCGCUGCGGCCGGCCAAGCGGGAGCUACAGGGAGCGGAGCCGGGGCGGCCGGCGCGGCUGGACCAGCUGUUGGACAUGCCCGCGGCAGGGCCGGCUGUGCAGCUGCGGCACGCGUGGAACCCCGAGGACCGCUCUCUCAAUGUCUUCGUCAAGGAUGACGACCGGCUCACCUUCCACCGGCACCCGGUGGCCCAGAGCACCGACGGCAUCCGCGGCAAGGUGGGCCACGCCCGGGGCCUGCACGCCUGGCAGAUCAACUGGCCCGCGCGGCAGCGCGGCACCCACGCCGUAGUGGGCGUGGCCACGGCUCGAGCGCCUCUGCACUCCGUGGGCUACACGGCACUGGUGGGUAGUGACGCCGAGUCGUGGGGCUGGGACCUGGGCCGCAGCCGCCUCUACCAUGACGGCAAGAACAGGCCGGGGGUGGCCUACCCCGCCUUCCUGGGGCCUGAGGAGGCUUUCGCGCUGCCGGACUCGCUGCUGGUGGUGCUGGACAUGGACGAGGGCACGCUCAGCUUCGUCGUGGAUGGCCAGUAUCUGGGCGUGGCCUUCCGCGGCCUCAAGGGCAAGAAGCUGUACCCGGUAGUGAGUGCGGUGUGGGGCCACUGUGAAGUCACCAUGCGCUACAUCAACGGCCUUGACCCCGAGCCCCUGCCGCUCAUGGACCUGUGCCGGAGAUCCAUCCGCCUGGCCCUGGGUCGCCAGCGCCUAAGGGACAUCGGUGCCCUGCCCCUGCCUCAAUCUCUCAAAAACUACCUGCAGUACCAGUGAGGCUGAGGAGCCCCAGUGGGACCCACAGCAGGGGCUGAGCCUGUCAUUUCACACAGUACAUUCAGGAAAGCGUCGUCCUCCUCGCCCCAGAGCGCCAGGACACUCCGUUCUUUGAAAGGACCAGGACGCGAUGCCAACUUUGAAAGUGAAAUGUCUCUUGCCAACAGUAUUGGCCACCCUGGAGGCAGCCCUCCUAAGUCAGGCAGCUCCUUGGGAGCCGUGAGGAGCCUGGGGCCUGCGCCCAGGGGAUCUGCCCACCGACCAAGACACAGCGGCCCCGCGUUGAUCAGAGAGCCUGUCUCCUUAUUCGACAGAAUGAAUAAAACAUUUGGGCGGGGGACUUGCUGGUGUGUGCCUGGGUGCAGACAGGGCCAGGGGGUACUGGCCAGCGCGGGGAGAAAACUGCGUCUGAGUAAUGAAUGAUGAAAGCAGCGUGAUGCCAGUGCCCCUCUGGGCCCCCACCCCUUGACACAUUAGGACUUUGUGCCCCUUUAAAAGACUGUUACCCAGGAAUGCCUGAUUGCAGAAUUGGCAAGCGGACAAAGUAGUGUGUAGACCCCUACCAGCUUACCUCUUUGCACAUUGUUUACUCACCCCUUCGCGUGCCCUCUGUCCCCGCCGCUGACCCGCAGUUCCCUGGCUACCCCAGGCACCUCUCUUCAGGGAAGCUGAGUCUGACUAAUUCACCCCAGGGACAGAGUGUAGCCUUUAUUAUUACUAUCUUAUGUCUCAUGGUCUUUUAAAAGAGGAAUGUGGUGAGGGCAGUACUUAGUCCAAAGGUGCUAAUGGGGGUCUGGGGGCAUUGUGACACCCGAGUGGAUGACGUCCCUGGGGGCGCUGAGGGUCUCUAGGCAACCGUCCAUUCGUCCAUUCGGAUGUGCCUAGCCGCUGCAAAGCUUUAUUUGAGCGAAUUAUUUUUUCACUUUAGGAGACAUGUAUGAGUUUGUUUCUGUUUCAAGCGUGUGUGUGAUGUGCUGUUUAUUUAUCAGCUUGGGGCCGCAAGGGCAGCCCGGGGCCCGGCGGGGUGGUCGUGGGGAGCCGGGUCCUCCCUUGGGGCUGCCGCAGCCGCCCCCGCUGCCCCCGCCAUUGGGCACUGCUCGUGCGCUUCCGGAGCUCUACGCGCACACGCGUUUGUAACUGGAAAUCGUCACCCAGUGGGAUCCCAGAGCCCCAGGCGGCACUGCUUCCCCCAACUUUAAUGUGAAUUUGACUGAUGAGUGAGGAGCGUUUCUAAUAAAGUUUGUUGUGCAGUC